AUGAGUUUAGAGAAACAAGUUGCGCAAGUGGCCAAUUCUCUGAAAUUGCGUCCCCAAGGUGUGCUACCCAGUGAUACUGAGCCCAAUCCAAAGCAAUUGCAUGCGGUAAGUACUAGAGGUGGGCUGCACUUAGAAGAACUAGCUCCAAAUAAGAGAGACACUGAGGAAAGUAACAAACCAAAGAAGGUGGAAGAGGUAGUAAAAAGCUCCAAUGUUGAGGUAUCCAUUCCUCAAAAGAAAUUACCGCCUCCAUUUCCACAAAGGCUCAAAAAGCAGAAUGAGGAUGAAUGCUUCGGUAAGUUUCUCUCUCUCCUUAAACAGGUUCAUAUUAAUCUACCUUUGGUUGAUAUUUUGCAGGGUAUACCGAAGUAUGCUAAAUACGUGAAGGACAUUAUGGCUAGCAAGAGGAGGCUCACAGAAUAUGAAACCGUGGCACUUACUGAGGAGUGUAGCUCAAGGAUUCAAAAGAGACUGCCCAAAAAGUUAAAAGAUCCGAGCAGCUUUACUGUGCAGAUUACAAUUGGCCAAAGUGUUCAUGCCCGGGGGUUGUGUGAUUUGGGGGCUAGUAUAAAUUUAAUGCCUUUAUCUUUGGGUAGUCCAAAAAGAACCAUUGUUAUUCUUCAACUUGCCGAUAGAUCCAUUGCUAGGCCAGAGGGGGUGGUAGAAGAUGUGUUAGUGCAAGUAGGUUCAUUGAUUUUUCUGGUAGAUUUUGUGGUAUUAGACUUUGAACUCGAUCCUGAAGUUCCAUUCAUUUUGGGACGUCCUUUUUUGGCCACAGGUAAGGCAUUGAUUGAUGUAGCAGCUGGUCAAUUAACCAUGAAGGCACACAAUAAGGUCGAGGUAUUUGAUGUUUACCGCACUCUAAAAUUACCUUCUAUUUAUGAAGAAUUGUUUGCUAUUACUGUGGUUGAUCGCCUAGUAGAUGCAUAUUCAGUUGUGCCUGACGACCCAUUAGGAAGAGUGUUAGUAAGUCAUAAGAGAGAUGAAGGCACUGAGGCUCAAGAGAGAGAAACAUGUCUGAAUCUGGCAUUGGUGGAGCCUCACAAGCGGAGAGUAGAACCAUUAGAGCGUGAGUUAGGGCCACCACCAAAACCCUCCAUUGAGGAGGCCCCAAAGCUGGAACUGAAAACAUUGCCGGCUCACCUCAGGUAUGCAUUCUUGGGUACUAAUGAAACUUUGCCUGUUAUACUUUCUGCAGAGUUGUCUGAAUUUCAGGUUGGAGCGGCAUUGCGGAUUCUAAAGCGGAGAAAGAGAGCUAUUGGAUGGCAGCUAGCUGACAUCCAUGGGAUUAGUCCAGCGUUAUGUAUGCACAGAAUCUACAUGGAAGAGGAUCACAAGCCAAGUGCACAACAUCAAUGGCGACUAAAUCCUUUGAUGAAAGAAGUGGUGAGAAAAAAGGUAAUAAAGUGGCUAGAUGCUGGAAUUGUGUACCCAAUCUCUGAUAGUAAGUGGGUAAGUCCGGUACAAUGUGUUCCUAAGAAGGGAGGUAUGACAAUGGUAAGGAACGAAAAGAAUGAGUUGAUUCCUAUUAGAACAGUAACCAGGUGGAGAAUUUGCAUGGAUUACCGGAAACUAAAUAAUGCUACCUGA